UUUUUAAAAACAAAGUAAAAUAAAAAUAGUCAACCAUGGCAGAACAAAGUCAACAAGAAGCUUUUACAAUUGCACUCACAAAAGAAUCGAAUGAUAUAGGGCAAAACACGUCAAAAGGUUAAUGUGGAGAAUAAAAAAGUAACAAUAGAAAACGAAAAUUCGGGGCAAAACUUGUUAGAAAAAAAUAAAGAUUCAGAAGAUAAUAAAAUUGAUAUGAAUUCAAUUAAUGACAUGGCCUCUUCAACUGGCGAAACUAAGGAAGACGAAAAUCCUGAAGAAAUUUUUUUAUUUUAAAUAAAAACUUGGUCGAAAAUAAAAGUGAUACGACUUUGUUAAUGGCACAAACGAUCCCUCUUCAACCAGUGAAAUUGUGAAUAUGAAGGAAGACGAGAAUCCCAGGAUGGACUCGAUAACGCAGACGCGGACGCGGAAGAAAUUGCUGCACGCCGCGCAACAGAAUAUAUCGACGAUGAAGCAGAUG